AUGUCCACCCGACCAUCAAUUAUCAGCAGUGCCUCUUUUGCAGAUGAUAGGCGAACAUUGCCUGCCAUGCCCACUAGUCACCCUCAGCUUCACAAACUGAAGCGAUGUACAUCCUUGGAAUGGGUCUAUGAUGCUCAUGAUCACUCCGAUGAUGUUGACAAUCAUUGUUGUUUGAUUAUUAGGGUUGGGGACGACGUCACAAUCUUUCCGCUUCAUGAACGGUCGGUACCAAUAGAAGAUGGAAGUCUUCCGAUCAUGUCCUACUGGUAUGGGAAGGUCAAUCAGAUCUACUUAAAGGCCAACAAAAAGAGACAGUGGUAUUAUAGGCAGCUGGACUUGGAGGAUGAAGGUGUUGACCUUGCAGCUUGCGUUGGUGAGUAUGAGCUUGUUCUCAGUGACCACAAAACACGCAGACGUCCACGCGAUGCAGUUGCAAUGGAUGUGAUCCCGCAUUCUCCUCUCCAAAGAACCCCCAGCGAUACUGCAGGACAUGCCAUCUGGUGGUUCAAUGAUGCAUGCAUUGCUGCCUCAGGAGAGAAGGUGGUCCAAAGGACAAAGGCAGGCCUGCCAUCCAUCUAUGAUGCUGUAGAAUUUGAUGACGAGUUUCUCGCACUUUUGACGACGCCAAUUCGCCGAGGAGGUCUGCUUGGAAUUGUCAGUGACGGUGGGUGUUAUAUUAGUGCACAUACAAGCCCUGUUGGAACAGGCGACGAAGCUGGGUAG